UGGUUGUGUCGGGGUCGCGCGCUGAGGAGGCUGACGGAGGCGCGCGCUCGUGUCACAUUCUUCAGAUGUUCCGUUAAUCAUCAGAAAUAAAGAGAGAUAAAUCACGAAUAUCCGCGACACACCGCAGCGAGCGCAGGAUGACUGAAGAUGGACGUUCCUGAAUAUCUGGAUCUGGAUGAAAUAGAUUUCUCUGAUGACACAUCUUACGUGUCAAAGAGCAUUCCAGAACUGUGCCGAAGACAUGAUGGACAAAGUGACGAGAGACAAGUUCCAGCCAUCAACUGGGGGCGAAGUGCAUCGUCUCACAGCGGCACCGGAAUCAAACCCACUGGCAUCGCUGAUGUCUACAGCAAAUUCAGACCUGUUAAACGCGUGUCUCCUCUCAAACACCAGCCCGACGUUUCGGAGACAGACGCAGACGGUAAGAGCGGCGAGCAGAACGCACAUGUAAACAAAGAUGACGACACCGUUACUGACGUUCAGGGGCUGAAGAGUAAAGUCUGUGUGAAUGGAGCUGUGUUUGGAGAGCUGGAGCACUACGAUCUGGACAUGGACGAGAUCCUGGACGUGCCCUACAUUAAAUCCAGCCAGCAGAUGGCCACUCUCCCUCGCAUGAGCUCUGAGAAGAGAUCCUCCACCGAGCUGUGCCACGGCGUUAAAGGCUCGUCUCUCACGCACACGGAGAGCUUCAGCAGCGGGACGCAGUUCUGUGUUCUGUCACCCGUCAACUGGCCUGACAUGAGGAAGUCCAAGUCUGUAGAUCAGGAUCACCUCAGAACACAAGCCGGCGGAUUUGAGCACUCUCCAAACUCACUGCACGUCUCUGAGACGGACAUACUCCUCUCCGGCCUGCCCUUCCCAGAUACACCGACUCAUAAAGCCGGAGCCGAUUCUCCCGGCAGCCAGACGACAUUCCCUCUUCAGGGAGGUAAAGCAGCAGCGCGGCAGGACAAGAGCUGGGGAGCGUCACGGGAGUUUGGAGAAUGCGAUGACGAAACCAAGAAGAACCACAACAUCAUGAACAUCGUCAGAGAAGGACAGAUCUCACUCCUGCCUCACUGUGCAGCUGAGAAUCUGGAGCGAAUCAGAGACGAGGACAGAAACAAUCUGCUGCACAUCUCUGCAGCUCAGGGUCACGCAGACUGUCUGCAGCAUCUGACCUCUCUGAUGGGCGAGGACUGUCUGAACGAACGCAACGAGCAACAGCUCACACCCGCUGGACUCGCCGUCAGGAACGGUCAUCUGGAGUGUGUGCGCUGGAUGGUGAGUGAGACGGAAGCGAUCGCUGAACUCAGCUGCACCAGAGAGCAUCCGAGUCUCAUCCACUACGCUGCACGCUACGGACAGGAGCGUGUUCUGCUGUGGCUGCUGCAGUUCAUGCAGGAACAGGCCAUCUCUCUGGACGAGGUGGAUCAGAACGGCAACACUGCGGUUCACGUCGCGGCUCAGUACGGUCAUCUGACCUGCGUUCAGACGCUGGUGGAGUACGGCUCUAACGUGACGGUGCAGAAUCAGCACAGCGAGCGCCCAUCUCAGUGCGCCGAGCAUCAGGGUCACAGCACCUGCUCGCGGUAUCUGGUCGUCGUGGAGACGUGCAUGUCACUCGCAUCACAGGUCGUCAAGCUCACCAAACAACUGCAGGAACAAACUACAGCACGAGUAACUCUACAGAAUCAACUGCAGCUCAUUUUACACAGGCAAGAACCAAACGGAAGCGCUCAUGUUCCUGCGGCUGAGACGUGUCCAGAGAUGACGUUAACUGCUGAAGUCUCUGCUGAUAACGGCCAGUGGAUUCUGAGACAGAGACACGUGGACGCAGACGCUGGACUGAGGAAGGGUGCGACGGAGGGCGCCGGUGGGGUGGAGUCAGGGGCGGGUCCAGGAGCCGGAACGAUAAGUAGGCAGGGUGUGACGGAGAGGCGGGAACUUAAGCUUGCGCGUCUCAAACAGAUCAUGGAGCGCUCGCUCAGUGAGUCGGACAGUGACGCGUACCCUCCGGACGAGUCCAAACACGCCAGACCCGAGAGACCGACCCAUCUGCCCAUUGCUGAGGCCGAGGAGCCCGCUGCGGGAUCACAGGUAACGGCGAAACACAAACAACCGUCAUCCAGUGAGCGCAAGUUCUCCUUUGCGCACAGAACUUCUAAAUCUAUGGACGUUUACAACCCGUCUCCAUCAUCGGACAACAGCGACCCCGAUCUCGACGCUAAAACUGACGUGACGGGAGAAUCGCCGGAUGGGCAAAAGGUCACCACGAGUCCCAAGAGCGCUCUGAAGUCACCGUCCUCUAGACGAAAGACCUCGCAGAACCUGAAGCUCAGAGUGACGUUUGACGAACCGCCGCGUAAAGACGUACCUGCGGCGGAGGUGAAAGUCACCACCGGCAAAGAAAAGACGGAAUCGGGGAAACGGCCCUUCGGAACGUUCCGCUCCAUCAUGGAAACACUGAGCGGGAACCAGAACAGCAACAAUAAUAACACUAAGACUAGCGCUGGUAAACAGUCCAACAGUCCAGCGGGGAAAAAGAGCGAAUCCAAGAGCAAAAACAAGGCGAGUGCCGUCUAGUGCGA